AUGGAGUCAGACAACCCUAAGCGUUCCUCUUCCAAAGCGGACCAUGAGGCCUCCUAUGACCCCGAGGUCGAUAUGGCCAAGGGCCAUGUUGCUACCACGGGCGUGCCGGAUGCGCAUCUGAAGCGGAAUUUCAGUAUUCUCAGCAUCAUCGCCAUGGGGUACAACAAUACCAACAGCUGGGUGGCGAUAGCUGCGAGUUUCUCGAUUGCCAUUCAGUCAGGCGGCUCCGUCUCGCUACUGUAUGGUAUCAUCGUCGUCUUCUUUGCGAUGCUCUGCACGGGCAUCACCUUGGCCGAGCUGGCGAGCGUCUACCCGACGGCCGGAGGGCAAUAUCAUUUCACGUCAAUUCUGGCCUCGAAGCGCUGGAGCAAGGUCCUGUCAUACACCAGUGGCAUCGCUGCCCUAUUUGCGUGGAUCACCCUCGGGGCGUCCAUCGCCUUGUCCACGACCAACGUGCUCAUGGCGAUUGUCAUCCGGUGGCAGCCCGAGUAUGAGACCAAGGGCUGGCAUUACUUCCUGGUGUAUCAGCUGUUGAACGGCAUUAUGGUCGCCUACAAUAUCUUCCUGACCAACAAGACCCUGUGGAUCUAUAACCUGGGCUUCCUCCUCUCUAUCUCAACCUUCCUUGCCCUCACCAUUACCUGUCCAUCCCGCUCCGCAGCGCACGUCAGCUCGUCUCAUACCUGGGGGGAAUUCGUCAAUGGAUCCGGCGGCUGGCCCGACGGCAUCUCCUUCCUGACCGGCCUCUCCACGCCGCAGUUCAUGUAUUCGGGCCUCGACGCCACCCUCCACCUGGCCGAAGAAUGUCUCGACCCAGAGCGGAUCGUCCCCAAGGCAGUGAUUGUGACCGUCAUCGUGGGCUUACUGACGGCGUUUCCGUUCGCCAUUGCCAUUCUGUACAGCUACAACAACAUCCAGGCCUCUCUCGACAGUCCCACGGGCUUCCCCAUCUUCUUCGUCUGGGAGAAAGCCACCCACUCCCCCGUAGCCGCCACGAUCUUCAUGGCCGCGCUCUUCGUCGUCUCCCUGGUCGCCCUCAACGCCGUCCACCAGACCGCCUCGCGGCUCACCUGGUCCUUUGCCCGUGACGAAGCCCUCUUCUUCUCCCGCCGGCUAGCCAGCAUCCACCCUUCCCUAGGCGUGCCCGUCUACUCUCUUCUCCUCGACGGCCUCGCCGUCCUCCUCGUAGGCAUCGUCUACGUCUGCUCCUCAACCGCCUUCAACGCCUUCAUAAGCACAACGGUAGUCGUCGCGCAAAUCUCCUACGCCAUCCCAGCGGCCCUCCUCCUCUCCCGCCGCCGAAGCCCAGACUACCUCCCGCCGGACCGGACCUUCAAGGUACCCCAUGCGCUGGGCUACCUGUGCAACGUGGUCUGCAUCCUCUGGGCGAUGAUCAUCACCAUCUUCUUCACCUUCCCCACGGAGUUUCCGGUCACGGGGGGGAAUAUGAAUUACGCCUCCGUCGUGCUGGUCAUCAUGCUCAUUCUCGGGGCGGGGAAUUGGUACGCCUACGCGCGGCGGCAUUAUCAUGGGCCGAGGUUGGAGAUGUGA